AUGUCUCUUCCUACGUCUGCUGAAGUGGUCGUCGUCGGCGCCGGUCCUGUGGGCAUGACCGCCGCCCUUGGUCUGCACAAGCACGCCUGUCCGGACGUCGUGGUCCUCGACGGCCAGCUAACAGGUGAGAAUACCUCUCGAGCCCUCGCUGUGCAUGCAGCCACUCUUGAUACCUUGGCGGACCUAGAUGUUGCCGACCGCGUUGUGGGAUCAGGGAGAAAGCUCAGUACGACCACUGUCUGGACCAAGGGCCAGCCUCCUAUCUCGACCACUUACUUUCCUCCCCUGGGAAAGUACACCAAAUAUCCUUUCAUUCUCGGCAUUGCGCAGCACGUCACCGAGCAGAUCUUGCAUGAUGCUUGCUCCGAGCGAGGGAUCCACAUCCACCGUCCACACAAAGUCGUUGAUCUUAAGCCAAGCGACGACCCCGCUUUCACCGACGUAAUUCUAGACAACGGCCAUGUCAUACGCACUCGAUGCGUUGUCGCCGCCAACGGCUCUCGCACCAUCAUACGCCAACUGUGCAAUGUCGGAUGGUCCGACCCCACCGGCGAGCUCAAGAGCGUCUCCCCCAAUGACGAAGCCGAAGCCGCGAACAUGGUCGUCGCCGACGUCACCUUCAAGUCCCCUCCCCCGCUCAAGCCUGACGCCAUCAACCUCGUCCACACCUCCUCCAAUGCCCUCAUGUGCAUUUACUUCCCCGGCGACCCCUACCCCGACGCCGUCCCCUCCGGCACCCCCGUCUACCGCAUCGCCACCGGCGUGCCUCGCGAGCUCGGUGCCCCUCCCAGCGCGCCCGGCACGGACUACCUCCAACCCCUCCUCGACCGCUACGGCCCGCACGUCACGGUCUGGUCGAGCCGCUUCCGCACGCAUUCCGCGAUCGCCGACCGCUUCUUCGCGCACGUCGGCGAGACAGCAGGCACCGGCCCUGUGUGCUUCCUCGGCGACGCCGCGCACGUCCACCCCCCGAUGGGCGGCCAGGGCAUGAACCUCGGCAUCCGCGACGCCGCGAAGCUCGCGCCGGUGCUCGCCGAGUACGUCGCGGCAGCGCGCGCGGGCACCGCGUCGCAGACGGCGCUCGAGGCGUGGGCGGCCCAGCGGCGCAAGCGGGCGCUGGAGGUGAUCAACUUUGUCAAGGAUCUCCAGCGCCGGCUGUGGCUGUCGACGGACACCAAGUACGUGCUCGGCCUGAUACCGUACAACCCGGCGUGGGUACAGAUGUCGGUGCUCCGGGUGUUGUCGAGCUUUGAGUGGUUCCAGACGAAAGCUGCUUACACCGUCAGUGGGCUUGCAGAUUCUUAA